GAAGAAGAAUCAGCAGGAAAAAUAAUAAUACUAUUGUAGUCAACAUGGCUGCGUCCUUUGUGCGCUAUAUCCGCGGAGGUCUCGGACGGAGUUACAACAUUGCAAGGACUUCAUGCCUCCUGCAGCAGCAGACCAGAUUGCAGAGUUUCACCACUGAGACAAAACCCACCAUGCGGCCCAAGGAUGCAGUCGCCCACAACCAACUGACAGAAUUUGGGGAGUAUGUGGCUGAGCUGAUGCCCAAAUACAUCCAGCAGGUUCAGGUGACGUGUUAUAAUGAGCUGGAGGUGAUGAUCCAUCCUGACGGCGUGAUCCCUGUGCUGACUUUCUUGAGGGACCACACCAAUGCUCAGUUCAGAAACAUGAUCGACCUCACCGCUGUGGACAUUCCUACACGUCAAAACCGCUUUGAGAUUGUGUACAACCUGCUGUCACUACGCUACAACUCUCGUAUUCGAGUUAAGACAUACACAGACGAACUCACACCGGUGGACUCUGCUGUUCCCGUCCACAUGGCUGCCAACUGGUACGAGAGGGAGGUUUGGGAUAUGUAUGGUGUGUUCUUUGCCAACCACCCUGACCUGAGGCGCAUUCUGACAGACUAUGGAUUUGAGGGUCAUCCAUUCCGGAAAGACUUCCCUCUGUCAGGAUAUGUUGAGGUGCGCUACGAUGAUGAGCUGAAGCGUGUGGUAGCGGAGCCAGUGGAGCUGGCACAGGAGUUUAGGAAGUUUGACUUGAACACACCGUGGGAGGUGUUCCCCGCGCACCGAGAGAACAAGGAAGUGCCGCCCACACUGGAAGCUGGAGCCGAGGCUCCUGAGAAGAAGUGAUGGACCCCCUCUCUCAUUGUAGUGUGGGUUUCCAACCCUUUUUUUAAACCCACAGAAAUAUUUAUGUAAAUAAAAGUGCUAAUAGUAAAAAGAAUAAUGCUGUGUUAUUUACACACGUCACACCAACUAAUGUGCAAAACUACCUUCACCAUCAUUUCUGAAGGCUGUGUUGAACACUACGUAAGUAAGUUCUGACAUAUUUUAGAUCUCCAAAUGACUAGAUUGCUGAGCGUGAAGCAUGCAAUGGCACCAUUACUGGAGCUGUAAUUUGUUCUGUCUGAAUGUUUUGAAUUUUUGGUAAUGCGUACUUAAAAGUAAGGUGUUAACCAAAAUAAAGAUGGCUAGCAUGGGAGUAUAAUCCGGUCCACAGGAUGAAGUGGAGAACUGUAAGGUAGAAAAAUUGGGGAAAAAAUAAAAUAAAAAUAGUAAAUGGGAGAUUGUUUUGAUCAGAUGGUAUAGUUAUAGGAAAA